AUGGUCUAUCUGCACCAGAACAACAUAAUUCGUAGGGAUUUGAAGACAGCCAACUUGCUAAUGGACAAUGACAAUGUUGCAAAAGUGGCAGACCUCGGUGUAUCUCGAUUUCAAAAUCAAGGGGGAGUCAUGUCGGCAGAAACUGGAACAUACAGAUGGAUGGCACUCGGAGCCAGAGCAAAUACAUUUAACACCCCUGGUGUCGUGGAGCAUUGUCAUUUUCUGAAAGAGGUAGAGUCUGUUAAUGAAACUGUUGUUUCUGAAACUGGAAACAAAGUUGGACCCUUUAAACGUCGGUCAUUUAAGAGAUCCAAAUUGGUCUUUUGUCUUCUGGUUUUGGAUAUGUCUUACAGUUAUGCACUAUUGUCUGAUUCGGCCAUCAUAUCUUCUUCCAUUUCCCUUCGGAAAACUCACUCCUUGCCUGGAACUUUAGCAAAGGAUAUGAAGGAUAUGGUAAUGGUCAUUCACUACUUUGACCCUAUAAAGGAACUUGGGAAUUUAUUGGAUUUGGUUAAACAUUUACUUACCAUUGACCUUGAGACAAUGUCCAAUUUAAGGGAAGGGAAUUGUCAGGACAUGAUGAACAACCAAGGGCCCUGUCAAUUGAGCCAAUUGUCAGGAAACCUGUCAAGUGAGCUGAAGCUUGGAGACUCGACGGGAGAGCUGGUGAACAUGGAUGUUGAAAGAAGACUGGACUGA